UAGCUUGUACGUCUUUUCAUUUACGACCAGCCGAUGCUGCUGAUUAUUAUAUCCCGGCAAUGUUUACCGCCCGGGAUCGCGGUCAUUUUUCCUUCGAUUCAACUAAAAAUCUUCGACGUGUGUGUAAGUUGGUAGGCUUGUUUGUAUUUUUUCUGGCCCUGCUAUGUUUUUGUUCUGUUUUUAAACACUCAGGAUUAGGUAGUAUUGAAAGGUGCAUAGAAAAUAUCACUACUCGAUCGCAAAACACUACUCGAAUCUUUUAUUACAGUCUCAUACACUUCUAGGAAGCUAGCUAUUCUGUAGUAGUGAUAGUUAAUACUGACUGCCUUGGGCGUCAAUGAUUGAUUAGAGUAAUGCUAUGCCUAAUCAAAGUGUCUGGUAAUUUACUUGCAACGAAACAAGUAUCGGAUAUAGGUAUAUAAUACAACGGAAAGUAACGCAGUUUACGAGGUACCUAAAUUCACGUUUCUGGCGUGGGUCUUUUCACGCGUUGCACCGAUCGACCCCGACGUUCCCGUGAUGGUGUAAUGGUAAUGUGUUAGCCCACUUAACGUUGGGUCACCUGAUGUGACCUGGGUUUGAAAUUGGGCGUAGACACACUUCUACUUGUACUAGCAUUUGAAGCAAUGCUUAGCGGUAGCUGUAGGCGUAAUGCUCAACACAUUUAAAACACUCUUUUCUUUGCAAUCUUAUGACUGUCUAAUGCAAGAAGGCAAAACACACAGAGAGUUAACAUGUUGGUGUAAACAUUUUUUUUUUUAAUAUCAAGUGCUGGAUCGAAUAUUAGUCUUAGCUUACUACUUUCUAGGUUUCUACUUUAAACAUAAAUUCUUGUCUAAUAUUUAAUAUGUAUUGAUAAUUCGCUACAUCAUGAGGAAAAGAUCUCAUCAUUGAAUUUUAUAAGCCCUUCUUCGCAGGGUAUCGCUUGCCUGAAAUAACAACCAUCUACUGGCCCUAAUGGCUUAAGUUUCCGUCGGCAAAAACUACCUGACAAAUAGAACCAUACGUUAGCACAAUCUUCGUUUCUGGUUCCACUAUAGCGCCAGAAGUAUAUCAACGGGAAAAUAGUUUCAAAAUUCUCAAAAAAUUAAAAAAAUAAUCAAACCGAUAAGGAGUAAUCUGGAAAAAAGCUUGUUAAAUUGUUGAGAGAAAAUGCUAACAUUUUGCUUAGGGUAAAAUUAAGAUAUGGUUAAAGCAUUUAUACCUGCGUAAUCAACGAGCGCAAAAAGGAAUAUGAGUGCACAAUUUUGUCAAGGUAAGAGGUCUCCCCUUAAUUUCUGACUGAAGCACACAUCAUUAAAAUGUUCAAUAAAAAAAAUGCUUAGUAGUUGAUAAAAGACAACGACAGAACUUGUCAAGUUUGAUAACGUUACUUAAACACCAUACUGGCUAUAAGAGGACAUACUCUUAUGGCCAGUAUGGUAUAACGCUUUAUAAACGCUGAUGUUUACAUAAAUUGUACAAUAGUCACAUCAGUCGUAUUGAUUGUCAGUAUAUAUUCAAUAUGUAUUUAUAAGCCAACUACAACAUAAAAGAGAAAUAAUUUUGAGACCCUUCAGUUACACGAAUAAGUAAAUUUUAUAGGAGAUCAAAGCACAGAGCUGUAUCAAGACCGAAGUUUUUCCAAUCUCACCAGCUAGGUGUACCAUGUAGCAUACUAUGGCUGUAGAAGAAAUAAUUUAGUAUUCUAUAUGAUGCCUAGCUAUAUCGGUGUUUCUUUUACGGAAUUUUCUAUAUACCAUAUUCUUUUUUGACGUCUUAUAUGAAGCAUUAGGCGGGCUUAGUUAUGUGCUGCCUUAUGGAAUUUUACUGUCACUCGCAAUGUUCCCGUUAUUGGGCUAUUAAGAGUAACGGUAAACUUUGAUUUUUUUGAGAAAAUGAGAAACUUUUAAUUAAUUAACAUGUCCUGUCGGGUAUUUUUUUUUUGUUGUGAUAUCUAAACAUGGGCUUCAACAAAAUACGGAAUGGUCUGCAUGCUUAGCUUCAUAUUAUGUUUUGUGUACAACGUAAUCUGUAAUUCAACGUACGAUAGCGAGCAUAAAAUAAGCUAUUACCCACUUGAUACCCAUUUGAUUUAUGAAUACCCUAAAAAACAAUCCAUAAAAUAGUCAUAUUAUUAUUCGCCUUGACAGAAAAGUCAUUAGUUCUACCAACUAGGAACUCGAGUCCUUCGGCCAGGACCGAUAUUCUUAGACUGCAUUACAAGAUUAACUGCAUAUGGGUCACGAUAUCUGUGUGUUUAGGCGACAGUGAAACAGAGAGAAAGUGGGCUUUCACGCACGGUGCGGCUCACGCUAAGAUUUUUAUGACGUAAGGGAUACAAAUGGGUGGAUGAUCGAGAAUGGUCAUUAGAAAGACUAACUGAACACCACAUCCACACACAUUGCAGAGGGAUAAAGGAUAGAACCUGCGAAAACUAUACGUCAAUGGAGUAGUAGUUUCGAUAGAAAACUGACAGCUUGUUUCACUCCCAGCAAUGUUAUCAAUGGUUCGACAAUGAGUUUAUCUUAUAUAAGACCAAAAUUAUACUCGCUAUCAGAUUAUAUGUUUUCGCCAUUUCGAAAAUGAUUUGAAAGCUAUUCGUAGCUUUGUCCGUAAUUGUACUAAUGUCUCAUACUCGGUGCAACUAAUUGGGACAAUUGAAGUCCCCAACAGGUAUAAUACGAUAAAGUGAACUAUCAACCCAGAUCAUUCUCAGAUCAUACAGAACUUGUCAUCUUGCUUUUACCAGUCAUGCCCACUGCGCAAUAUCGCUCCCGCCAAGACCGUGACGUAUGCCAUAAAAACCCAUCAGAAUCAUUUAUGCCGUGACCCACACACUCGGGUAUGGCCUCAUUUUCGGGUACUUCGUUUUUCGCAGAAAUCACGGUAUUGUUUGUUUAUUAGAGUACGUUUAGCAAGAGGAAGUGUUUAAGACUUGCUGAACUUUAGGAAUGCUAUUGGGCGUUGUCUACGCAGUGUUGGACUUACGCUGCCCAAAUAAAUUUCUAGGACAAACUCAGAUUGUAUACUCUCUUUUGCUGCCAGUUGUGGAAGACGGGGUGAGGCUUGGGUGUCGUUAACGAGCGGGGAGUUUAUCUAGAGGGCGCGUCAGUCGGUAGCUGACGGAAGGAGGCUUAUGCGUCAUUGCCGGCCGCAUUACCUGUGACGACCCGUAGUCGACGCUGGUAACAAUUCAUCACUGCUGGCAGACGUUGCAGUAACGAAACGAUAGGCUUUAGCUGACUCAUCGGAAGCAAAGGGAAAUUAAAAUACACCUUGUAAAAGUUGUUAUUCGUGGUGUGGCUUUCAAACAAGAAAAAGGCGCGCGCGGAACAUGAGUGGCUUACCGCAAACUGGUGGGUAGAUGAAUUGCAAAGGAUGCACGCUCGUGUGGACUAGGACCUGAUAUAAGGUGUAUUUGAUCAUAAGGGUAUUGGUGGAAAAAAGGUUUUGCAAAUUUGGCCGAAAUUUUCCAUCAGCUAAGCCAAGUAUGGUACCGGUUCUGUAUUCAGGCAUUGGAUUGAUUCGGGUUUAUCUAAAUAACGUACGUAUGGGAUUUUCGUUAAUUUUUGUUACAUUUGUCUUUAAAUGAACUACUGCAUUUAGCUCGUAACAUGAAAUCUCGGUUUGGGCUUCAUAUACGCAAUGUUAUGUACAUAUCAUUCAGUAGCAUGUCGAUGAUCCUCACGGAAUGCUCCAAGCACUGUCUUUUUUAGUCUUGAAAUACACAGCUUUUAAACCUUAGUCUUUUUCCUUCUUGACGCUAAACAAAGAGGCUUCAUAACGAGCUCAGUCCCGCACGACCGUGCCUCUAACACUCAACAUAAAUUAAACAUCUAUUAAUGUUUAUUUUAUCGGAUUUAACAGAAUGUAGUAACCUCGUGGAUGAGCGUCUUAGGAUCUAAAAAGAGAUCGAUUUCCCUUUUGAAUAGAGUGACGAAGAUCUUAUCAAGAGAGAGCAUCUCACAAUAGGAUUUCUCAGAAAAACACGACUUAUAUAUAAAUUUGCUUUGAGACCAUAUAGCGUAAAUUAAGUGUACUUUCAGAACAUACCCAUGCUAUCUAUCAGCGUAAGUUGUACAGUUUACGCCCCCAGUGUCACCAUGAAAUUUUUCUCAAAUUUUCUAUAUGCUCAAGAUAGCUGCUUCGGACUAUUACAAGGCGUAUAUACAUAUUGUGUAUAUUAGUAGCCGACACAACAUGGUUCAGCCUGGCCAUGACCGCUAUCAAUAAAAAUUAGUAUCGCCGUUUGGUGCCAAAUAGCGAAAUAUAGUUUGUUAACAUUCUAAUCGGACUUAUAUGAGACGCCGGUUAAAUUAACAAGUUAUCGUUAUUUUUUAGUAGAAUUGGUUAUCACAAUCAAAAUUUUAGGGCUCAGACGGUUUUCUGAAUGUGAACUUCGCGGAAUGGGCAGAAGGUUUUCUUAAAAGCAUAUGUUUCAAUACCACAAACCUAAUAAGUCUCUGCCCAAAAUAAUUAAGCAAAAAUAAAAAACUAGCUCUUUUUUUAGCAUAUCAGGCAGCUCAUCCUAGUAGCAAGUACAUUAUGUCAAGCUGUGUGUUUUUGUUAGGAAUUAUUUUACAUACAACCGGCCUUUGCAUUUCUAUCACAGUGUGGUAAAACUUAAAGUGACCUUCUCAGAGUCGGUUAGGUGAUGCGAGCGUCAGAACUAUAAUUUCCAAAUCUGUUUUCGAAUCCAUUUUACGCAUCAAUGGAAUCUUCUUAGAUUAAUAAGUUGUCGAGCUGAAAUAUUUUGCAAAUGCUUAAAUACGUCAAGUUUGAUCUUCAUGGCGGCAUUUUCGUUUGAAAAAAGCCUAAUGCGAUUUUUCCUUUAUAUUUUCCAUGCGUCGUUUUCAGCAAAUUCGUGAGGUAAUAUGGCAGCAGAUACUGAAGCCUCCAUUUUGGUUCUCCUCAUUAUCGCUGUCUACGUCACCUCGCGGUCUCAAGUAGAUCUUCAUGCGGUUCGACGGGAAAUCGAUAAACUUCGAUUUUACGGGCAGAACCGUCACCUUUGUCAAGGCGACACGCUCCGUGAGCCGGACAUCACUGCACUGGCUGGCGAUGUCUGCUAUUGCGACGCGUUUUGCCUACAGUUUGGUGACUGUUGUGUGGACUACUCAAAUGCAAAGAAGCCCUUAAGAAACGAGAACUAUCACUGUUAUCGCUCGGGCUCGAGUUCACGUUUUUACUAUGUAUUCUCGAAAUGCAUCAACGGCACUCUGCUAGACGGCUGCAACGGCAACGUGGACCAGCCUUCGUCGUUGAUUCACGAACCUGUUUUCGUGCAUGGAAUAUUAUUUCGUAACGAGUAUUGCGCGAGAUGCAAUAUACCAGAAAGCGUGCUAAAAACCAGUCGAUACAAAUGGAAGAGAAGGGCUAGCUGGUGGCCAAGUGUACCGCCAUUAAAAAACGUUGAUGUACGCGGUGGGAUCAGGAAGCUUUUUCAAGAACGCAAUUGGUACUACAAUGAGACGACGAGGAAGUACCAUCUCUUUUAUGAGAAAGACGAAUACACAUUAGCUGUGGACGUAGUUGAAUUUGAUUGGACGAAUUUUACUGACGUAUUUAAUACAAGCCUUUGCCCACCUUUUCCAACGGUCAACGCUUGUAACGACUCUGCAGACACUUCAGAUUCGAAACUAUGCAGCCAGUACACCGCAUACGUGUAUACAGGCUCUGCAAAGGAUAUAGUCGUCUAUCGCAAUGUGCACUGUGCACUUUGCAGUGGAAUUUCAUUAGGACAACUCACUGUGGGCCUACCGGCUCCAUCGCCAGCACUGGAAAGUCCUCGUAUCAUUGGAGACUUCCUGCUCGUUCCAGAACUAGAAUGUCUUCCAGGGCAGGUCGCUGUCAUGGGCGUCGUGUGUCAGCCUGUACUCUGCGAAGUGGGCCUCAUUUGGAACGGAGCGCAGUGCGUUACCGAUAACGGACAAGUCGGUUGCUUCAUCCUUACGUUAGACGUGGAAUGGGUCAGGUUUUUGAAUUCGCACCUUAUCCUGUGGAAAUCUGUAGAAAGGGUCUUCUCUGAUUAUACCAACAUAACGGACACGUGGGGCACUGUAACCCACGUUCGCGUCUGUACCACCACCCCAGUAACUCAACCUAUCACACCGGCGCUCGAGCGUGUCUCGGAGGUGUGCUUGAUUAGUUCAUGCGUCUGUCUGGCUCUGCAAAUCGUCGUCUAUCUCGCGUUGCCUUCAACUCGUUCUUCACGUUCAGGCAGGAUCAUUAUUAUACUUAGUUCGUGUAUCCUUCUCGGACAUAUGACAUUUCUGAUUAAGGACGAUGUCGAGCCAGGCCAUCUUAGUUGUGAGCUGGUGGCUAUUGGAGCACAUUUUUUCUACAUUUCGUCCUUUUUCUGGAUGCUUAUCAUGGCGGUGGAUUCUUGCAGGUGUCUCGCGUACAAUAUGUUUAGUGAUCCACAUCAUUUGUUGCGACGCUACGUGAUUCUCGCAUUAACAGGCUCGUUAUGUGUAGUUGUGAGCGGGGUCCUGGUUGGCUGGUUGUCACCUACCAGUCGUUUCGCGCCGGCGUACGGCGUCGAGGUAUGCUGGUUUGGUAACCGAAGUGGCUUUCUUAUAUUCUUCGCUCUUCCUACACUACUUAUUAUUAGUGCAAAUUUUUCGCUGUUUAUCUACACGACUGUUCGCAUCCGACAGGCUCAGAGUCGGGUUGGCCGAGUUCCGACAGGGCCGACGACGUCCUCAUCGAAUCACAGACGAGAGAUGGUCCGAAUGAAACUUUAUCUUCGGCUUGCUAUCAUAGUGGGGCUGACCUGGCUGUUUGGCAUAUCGUCGUUUGUGACUGAAAGUGAACUGGGUCAUUCUGCGUUCACAUAUCCCUUCUUAAUACUUGGCUUCAUUCAAGGUGUAUUUAUAUUCAUCGGAUUCACGUGUAAACCAAAUAUCAUCGGUGAUCUACGCCGACUUGUAUUCGACAAAAAGGACCCGGUAUCGUUUAGCCGAAGUGGUCUGGAGAGACGACAGACCUGCUUAACGAACACGACUUCCGAGGAACGCAAAGCAUAAGAUCCAAUUUAUGAAAAUCUUCACUGCUCCGAGUGAUUCACAUCGAUUGAAUGGUUAGUGUGAAGCCCGUAACGCGGUCUGGCGCUUCCCUUAUAUUUACGCAGUCUCCAAUUGCCAUGUAUGCUUAGUAUUAAGGAAAUUCGGGUAUAUCCUUUUUUUGGGCGAACGCACUUAAUUCGUUGUUGGGCUUUACUUAGCCAAUAGCUUACGAAGAUACUAAACUUUUCACAUAUUCGAACAAUAUACGUAUUUAAACAUUUGCUAACAUGACAACUUUAGUAGUAGAGGAGGCUCAAUACGAUGCACUGUACAAUAUAGCGUAGCUAAAAAAUCACAAUACUGGAGUUUAGAGGAUAGGUUGUUAGACAGUUACCACUGUACAUAUUAUUACCGACAUAUUUUCGAGCUCGAUAGUAAUUUUCUGACGUCGCGAUCGAUUUAAAAACACUGAACGCAUUCAUAUUAUAAACGAGGAAUAAGCUUGUCUACUAUCUUUUUGUCGUCGAAUGCAUAUAUAUAUA